AUGCCUGCCUUGUUCUCCUCAGGCGCACAGAAGCCGAUGCAACCCCAGGAUCACUCGCAGGACUACGCAUUCGAUCCCCUGCUUCAUCUUCCUGGUAUAUCACCCUACUUUGACGCGGUCGGCUUUGGCCUCGACCACAAAGCCCCCGAAGGCUGUAAUGUGACAGCAGCGUCCUACAUCAUCCGGCACGGUGCCAUCUACGCCAACGACGCCGAGUACGAAGAAUACAUCAAGCCCUUCCUAUGGAAGUUGGAACAAAACAGACAAGGAUGGUCUGGCCCCGUGGCGUUCAUGGAGAAGUGGCAGUCACCUAUUUUGGAAGACAAGCUGGAAAACCUGACCCCAUCGGGCGCCGUGGAUGCAGAGCAAGUCGGCAAGCACUUUUUACAACGCUAUCCCCACCUCGUACCAGGCACGAGACGUAUUUUGGCGGACAAGAAGAGCAGGACUUUUGACACCGCUACGAAUAUGAUCAAGGCAUUCCCUCAAGAAGACGAUGUCGAGAUUGUUCGUGUGACGCAAAACACAAACGGCAGCAUGGAAUCCCUGAUUCCGCACAAAUCCUGCAAGGCCUUCACCAAAACUCCUGGCACAAAGCAACAAAGCAAAAUCACCGACCUGUAUGCAAAGUCUGUGGCACAUCGUCUGGGCCCCCACAUACCCUUUGCACUCGAGCCUUCAGACGUUGUUGGGUUUCAAAUGCUCUGCGGCUAUGAAUCCGCCAUCAAGGGAACGCGAAGUCCCAUCUGCGCAGUCUUCACAGAUGCCGAAUGGAUGGCCUAUGAAUAUGCCUGGGAUCUCAAAUACGCAUACAUGGUUGGACCCAUGAAUCCUCUCUCUCCCUACCUCGGCUUCCCCUGGCUAUCAGAGCAAUCCAAACUAUUCCGGCACAUCAGCAAGCACGGCACCCCCGGCAACGGCUGGCCAGACAAGCAGCGUUUCUUCCUCUCGUUUACGCACCGCGAAGUGCCCCCCUUCAUCGCCACCGCCCUCGGCCUGUUCAACAGCAGCUCAGAUGCGGCCGAGCAAUUCCCGACGGACCACAUCAACUGGACACGCGCGUGGAAGAUGAGCGACCUCAUUCCCUUUCUCGGCCACGUGGGCAUGGAGAAGAUGACGUGCGAACGCGGUGCGGUCCACGGCGAUGGGCCGGGCGAGUAUAUACGCUUCCUUGCUAAUACUGCGCCGAGACCCAUUCCCGACUGUCAGGAUGGGCCGGGCGCCAGCUGCCCAUUUCACAGCUUCAAGGACUUGAUUGGCAAGGGGGCUGAGACGCACAAGGACUUUCACAGGGUGUGUGACGAGGAGUAG